AUGCCGAGAGUACCGGUGUAUGCCUUCACGAUUUCGAUUUGUGACUUGACUGUUGCGAUCUGGCUCAAGUCACGUCCCGCCAGCUGCGGUGGCACAUCCCCUAGCGACUCUAGCGUGUCCUCCGUGAUCUUGGAAAGAUGCGGCUCCCCUCUCCAAUGGCUGCACUCCGGUUUCUCAGCAGAUCCACAGUUGAUAGGGCUUGCAGAGGCAGGGGCCGUAGAGCUGGCAGGCCUCCUGGCCAAUGGCCUCCGAAGAGCAGAGGCAGCCAGUUGGGCCGCCAGUUGUGAGCUUGAGGCUGAGUUCGACUCGGCUCUGGUCGCAGGCCGGCUGAGGUCUGUCCUGGCAGACGGAGCUCAAACGGCCCGCGGAACCGAACUGAGGUAUGGCCGCUCGGCCUACUCUGGUGGCGAGGAUCCCGGAGACCGGCACGAGAAGCUGCGCGCGGAAGCGGAGGCUCGCUUCUUCGACUCGCCGUACGAAGCCGAUCGCGUGUCGGCCUUGCGUCACAAAUUUCCGCGCAAGAAGGAUGGACCGCGUUCAGGUCGUCGGCCGAGCGGUGAGACCUCGGAAGAGGAGGAACCGGUCCGACGGAGAAUAGCUGGCUUCCGUUUGGGAUUUGAGAAAAUCUUCAACACGACGUCCAUCCGAUUGCCGUGCUCUGCAUACACUGUGUAUGCCGAGCUGCGGUCGUCUCAUACAAACGAGGCAUUUUGCCGAUGCUUCAACGGUUUACACACAGUGUACGACCUGAAGAAGUGGGUUUAUGAGAAGCUGAUGCUGCCUAUGAGCGCCUACGAGCUCUCCUAUGCGGAGAGCGGGAAGGUGCAGCUGACAGACAACAUGCGGCUGCUAACGACCCAGGACGUGUUGUGUCUGGCUGUCUUGGGUCCUUGCACCUUCCUGCACAUGGUUCGUCACUGCAUGCCUGGUGGCGAUUCGCAGCAAGAGGACUCUUUGGAUUCUCGCUCCAUGGCUACCAUGCGAGUGUUGCAAGACAUGGCAGCAGGCGUUCCUGGAGUUCAUUCCAUCGGCGACAUCGGCGUGACGCGCCUGUACGUCAGGCUGAAGUGCCGAACCUGUGGCGACUUGCUGAACAGCCACUCCACGUGCAGGAAGACCAAAGCUAUGGGCUACAUAGAACCGGCCGUCAAUGGGAUGAAACCCGGCAGCUCGAAGCCGUCAUCAUCCCAUAGCCUGAAGACGCUCAAGUCCCAAAAGUCCAUGAUCUCGCAAGAAAAAAUCAUGCGAGGAGCCGAAGAUCGGCCGCAUGUCUCCGGUCCUCCCAAGCCAGACAAAGAAGGCUGGACCUGCAGUGGUUCUGCCAUGACUCGGCUCGACAUGGACCGAAGCCGCUGA